AUGGCCUAUUCCCAUGAAACUAUUCCCAGCUGCGAUGUAUAUGGCCCCGGGACAUUCAUGGACAAGAACGUUCUCCCAGUACCGGAAGAUGCCCGCCGCGUCUUCGAGAUCCUCGCCUCACGGACCCCAUGCUUCACAAAGAGCAGAUCUGCUUGGAACACCGUCCACUUCGAAGGUCGACCAGACCCAAUGAUUCCAGGGCCGAUCAAAUCCCCUGUCGUUGCUGCCGCCCUCCACGCCAUGGCCGGUCUGGUAGCCAAUGAGAUCCUCGAACUCCGUAAUGGAAGGCCGCUGGAAGAGAGCCGUGUAACGGUCGACACUGAUCAUGCUGCUAUUUGGCUCGCGUCAACUUUCACCACGUACAUUAACGGCUCCGACAUUUCGACACUUGCGCGCUCGCAAAAGCUGGCCACCCUCUUUAACCUGGAUUUUGAGCAAGGGUUUGGAAAAGGUAUUGCGGGUAGGACGACGGCAAUUUACCAGACGAAAGAUCCACGGGUCUGGUAUCAACUCCAUGGCUCGCUAGAUGCGAACAAGACGCUUGAGUCUAUGGGAAUCGACUCUUCGGUCACCUUUAGCUCGGCAAAGGAGUACUAUGAUUAUAUCCAAAAGCAUGUUUGCCAGUGGAGCCCCGAUGAGCUGGAAAUGCAUAAUCUACGCCAUGGCCUAUGCGGAAGUAUCUGCUAUUCCCCAGAGGGGUGGAGAAAAACAGAGUUCGGGAAGCGAUUAGCUAAACACCCUUUGGUCAACGUCACACAGGAGUCGUACGCCAAUCCUACACCACAAGUGCCGUUGCUAAAGGCUGCUGGCUCUGAUAGAAGACCCUUAGUGGGAAUUAAAGUCUUGGAGAUGGUGCGUAUCAUCGCGGGCCCUACAAUUGGUGUUACGUUAGCUUCGUAUGGGGCGGACGUUAUCAGAGUGAACUGUAGCAGACUGGCGGAUCUCAACGUUUUGCAACUCACCCUCAACGCUGGAAAACGGACCAUCGAUCUCGACAUCACAAAACAAGAGGAUAUGACGCGUAUCCAAGAGCUGCUCGCGGAAGCCGACAUAUUCAUCCAGGGGUUCCGCGCUGGAUCGCUAGAGAGACAGGGCCUCGGACUCCACGCGAUGCUAGAACUAGCAGCUAAGAGAAGCAAGGGAAUCAUAUACGUGGAUGAGAACUGCUACGGCCCCGAUGGAACAUUUGCAGAACGCCCUGGCUGGCAACAGAUUGGCGAUGCCGCAUCAGGCUCUUCCUAUGUCAUGGGAAGAUCACUUAGUCAUGAAGAAGGGAAAAGUGUGCUCCCUCCUCUCCCAGUAUCUGACAUGAUUACAGGCCUUGUUGGUGCCCUAGCAGCUAUGAUUGCAGUCAAGGAGCGCGCACUUAAAGGAGGAUCAUAUCAUGUUACGACGUCCCUAGUUGCUGCGGAUACCAUCGCGCUGGAAGAAGAGAUUGGCUUGUACCCGCCUGAGACUGUUCGUCAGACAGCAGAAUGGUUCGGGUUUGUCCCAUCUACCCCCGAUCAAUUUGUCUCGGAGAUUAUGAUCCAGGUUAUUGAUGGGUGGAAAAGAAGGCUUCCAGACUAUCUGAAUGAGGACUCGCCGUUGAUGACAGGGUUCGACGAGCAAGGGCCGUGGGGGAACCAGAAAGUGCUAAAACCUGUUGCUAGGCUUGGUGAUGGCAAGGCCACUCCGAAGUGGACUAGUCCUGCUGUGCCAUACUGCUAUCAUGACCGUAAUAUUAGCUGGCUGUAA